GUUGACACUGACAGUUGAUGUUGGUGGUUGGUGGGUUUUGUUUUCAAGUUUAAAUUUUUCCAUAUUUUUAACAUAUUUGUAAUGCAAAAUGUCGAAAUUAAGAGUGUUAAUAAAUUUAUCUUAUUGCCGGUACUAUAGCGUUCAGCAAGCAAAGAAAAAGUUACCUAUAAUAUCGUGCAAACGUCCAGAACUGAAUCACUACGAAGGCCAGUCGUAUAGCAAAUUCGAUAACGUAAAACUCGCUUCCCAGGGCUGGUUGCACGCUAAAUCUAAGAACGACUACUUCAUCAUCUAUGGAAAUGCUAAUAAGAAGGGUGAAAAAGAAGUGUAUCGAAAAACUUUCGAAGAAAUUGGGCUACGAAGUGAACUCAGAGAGGUUAUGUCUCAGCUAGGUUAUUCUUUACCUACAGCUAUACAAGCAAAGUCGUUUCUUCCUAUAAUACAAGGGCACAACACCGCGAUGACUGCUGAGACUGGAUGUGGAAAGACUUUGGCGUAUUUGCUUCCGAUAUUACAACAUAUACUUGAGUGGAAACCUCAUGUGCAAGAGGAAUUCAACAGUCCUCUGGCAGUAGUUAUUACACCAAGCAGAGAGCUAGCACAUCAAAUUGGAGAAGUUGCUCAAAACAUUGCACAGAAUCUGAAUAUUAACGUCACAACACUAGUCGGUGGUAAAACCAAACAGAAGUUAUUAAAUCCUCCGAUAGAAUACUGUGAUCUACUUGUAACCACACUGGGUGCAUACAGUAAAUUAGUAACAACUGGCAUCUUCAAAAUUCACAAUGUCCAUCAUAUAGUUCUGGAUGAGGCAGACUCUUUGUUAGAUGACAGUUUCAUAGACAAGCUAUCCAUCUUAAUGAGGAAAUUCUCUAUCACAUUCAAAGCGGCCAUCAAAUCCCCUCCUGAAGGGUGUCAAGUUACACUGGCCAGUGCAACAUUACCACAUGAGCUACCAGAAACGGUGCACUCCUUCAUGGACCCACAGUCACUGAAAACGGUCACUACCAGCAACAUUCAUAGAAUUCUACCACAUGUGCCACACAAAUUUCUCCGUUUAGGCAAAGCUCAGAAACCAGCCGAGCUGUUAAAGUUGGUGCAAGCCGACGUGAACCAACAGAAGCCUGUGAUGAUCUUCUCUAACAAGACGGCGACCUGCGACUUCGUCUCCAUGUUCCUGGAGGAGAACAACGUGCAGUGCAUCAAUGUCAACGGACAGAUGGCUGUGGCGCUGAAACUUGGCAAAUUCGACAUGUUCAGAAGUGGGAAGGUCAAUGUGCUGUCUUGUACUGAUAUUGCGUCGCGUGGAUUGGACACCAUUAGGACGCGACAUAUAAUAAACUACGACUUUCCUCUAUACACCGCGGAGUACCUACAUCGCACCGGACGUACCGGCCGGCUGGGGUCAUCGACCGACUGCCACGUCACCAACUUCGUGGCUUGGCCCAGAGAGGUGCUGCUCGUGCAGAAAAUAGAGGCCGCUGUGAGGAAGAAUGAGCCUUUGCCCAACGUAAACGCUAAUAUUAGAAGAAUUAUUGAGGACAGAAUAGCCAAAUCUUCUGCCGCUGCCUUACAAUAGGUAAAAAUGUACUUGUACUAUACUAUAUUUGUAUUAUACUAUACUAUAUUAUACUUGUACUAUACUAUAAUUUUCAAAUUAUCCGUAAA